UGAGCAACAUGUGUUUUGUUUCAGUAAGAAGAUAGAGAGCAUCGGGAGGAUGACAGCGCUGACCCAGGAGGAGGUGGCGUCCCACACACGGACGGUGGUGCAGGGGCUAGAGGCACUCAGAAAUGAACACAAUUCCAUCCUCAGUGGCAUAAAUUCCACACUUUCCUCGUCGCACCAUCCGCCAGAUUCCAAUGUUAUCUCUGAAAAAGCAGGAAUUCUCCAGAAGUCCCUCGACCAAAUUGAACUGGGGCUCUCAGAGGCUCAGAUUAUGCUUGCUCUGGCCUCACACUUGCAAACUGUUGAGGCAGAAAAACAGAAGCUGCGAGCUCAGGUGCGACGACUGUGCCAGGAGAAUGCCUGGCUUAGGGACGAGUUGGCCUCCACACAGCAAAAGUUGCAAGCUUCUGAACAGCAUGUGGCACAACUGGAGGAGGACAAAAAACACUUAGAAUUCAUGUCCACCAUCAAGAAAUAUGAUGCGGAUGUACAAGAUUCUGAAUCUUCUAUGGAGGAGAAAAAAGACAAAAGUGACGACCCUGUUGUGGAUUUAUUCCCUGACGACGAUUCCGAUGACAGGGCUGGUUUAAAGAGAAGCGGGGAUUUUGGUUCUCAAGCAUCAUUAGGUAAGUGUUAUGUGUGCCCGCCACUACACUUGCAUGCUUUUUAUCUUGUGCUUGCUCUUGCUUAAUCUGUGUGUGCUUGUAGUAUUUCUGUAGGAUAUGCCAUAGAGUUCUUAAGGUACAUACAGUAUCAUUGUUUGCAGGAUGAAAAUGUUAAUCAUUAAAGUAAGUGUCACUGUGGAUUUAUAAUUUGUGCCAAGUACAGUAUUUUUUAGAUGUAGACAUCUAUUAUGUAUGCCGAAUGGCAAUUGCAUUGUGUGUGUGUUUUUAAUCUUGCAUUUCCACUGCAGUUGUAUGUAAGCUCUUCAUUGCAUGCCUGUAAUGACAGUAAACAAGUUCUCAAAUGUGCUGCUUGACAAAAAAAUGUGAUAACUUUUGUGAUAUGGGAUGCAAGCUCAUUUUUACUCUAAGAACAUUUUGAUGUUGCUGUACUAAUCCAUAACAUUUGUUAUAAAUGAGUUUAUCUUGGGUUAUAUCUAUGAUUUUUAGGUUUGGAGGAUUGGGAACCUUGACUAAUUAAUCUUAAAAUUAAAAUUACUUUGAAUUUUGAUUAAAAUGUUGGGUAAGCUAUAAACUGAUGUAAAAACCUUGAUUUGUUUUUCUGCUAAUAAGUAAUUUAGUACCGGGAGAUGUAUUAAGAGGGUGUGUUUUCAUUUAGUGUUAUUGUAAUGUUGAAACAUAAAUAUUUGUAGAUUUACUUUGUAUGUGGUAAUAAUAUUUGUAAUAAUUUGUUGGUACAAUUUUUGUGAGUUGAUACUUGGUGCAUUCUCAAAACCCUUAUACUUCAUACAUCUUUUAAUAUUUUCAGUAAAUCUCUUUCAUAUAUUUUGUUCAUAUUCGGGUAAAUUUGUCCACUGUCACAUAACAAAUAAUUUUUUUUUCUUUU